GGUUUUGUUCAGUUUGUUAGUUACUUUCAGCUUAUACACCUGCAUUUCACCACAUUGCAUGCAUGCACACACCUCACCACUGAUAUACUGACUCACAUAAUUAAGUUUCUUUGUGUUGCUUUCAGUUAAUUAAAUAAACCAAAUUUUCUUAUAACUUGACUACAUAUGAGGUCUCCCUUGUUUUGUCAUGCUCUGAGCCGGUUCAUGACACUGUACAGUAAAAUAUUACAUUAUAUUAAAAUUCUGUUUGCAGUCACUAAUUCUACUUCAAGUACAUUCUAGAGGACCUCAGGAACACUUGAUCGGACGCAGCGGGUUGCUAGGAACAAAUAUUUAUAGUCUUCGUUUCCGGUAGACUGUUUAUACGAACGGAACAAGUCCUGUGCACCGGUAAAUCAAAUGCAGCUAUUUUCUUCAGUUUAAUGCCUAAAUACUAUGGAUUGAUGUGGGCUUUAUGCGCAAAAUUUGCAUUUGUGUGCCCAUCAAUUUCCUCUUAUCGCCACUGUCACCAACUAUCUUGAAACAACUGUUGAUGUGUUAGCAGACCCACAGAGAAGACCAACCAUGACGUCACUGGGGAGCAGCAGUUCCUCAUCCACAGAAUACACCGUGAGAGUCCCCAAAAACACCAGCAAGAAGUACAACAUCAUGGCUUUCAAUGCAGGAGACAGAGUCAACUGUUCAACCUGGACCCAGGCUCGUAUGGAAAGAGACAUGAGUGCUCGGCGGAUAUAUGGAGAGGAAGAGUCGGCGGAAGGUGCAGCUGGCAGUGAGUUUGGCAAAAAGCAGCGGGAGGAAGCUCGGCGGAAGAAGUUUGGUAUUGUGACACGUGAAUUCAAAGUGGAGGACCAGCCCUGGAUUCUCAAGGUCAAUGGCAAAGCUGGCAAGAGGUUCAAAGGUCUAAAGAAGGGCGGUGUUACAGAAAACGCAUCCUACUACAUCUUUACACAGUGUCCAGAUGGAGCUUUUGAGGCCUUCCCUGUCCACGGCUGGUACAACUUUACACCACAGGCCAAACACCGAACUCUCACUGCUGAGGAGGCAGAGGAGGAGUGGGGCAGGAGAAACAAGGUGGUGAAUCACUUCAGCAUCAUGCUUCAGAGACGUCUCCGGGAGCAGGAGCGUGGCUGUGAGGAUGACGAAGAUGAGAACGAAAAGUCGGGGAAGAAGAAAAAGAAGGGUGGCGGAAGAGGAGGCGACCUGCGCAUUCACGACCUGGAAGACGACCUGGAGAUGAGCAGCGAUGACAGUGACAGCAGUAUGGGGGACGAUGGAGAGAGCAAGACAAAAACAAAGAAAGACACGGGGAAAGGAAAAGCAAAGAAGAAGAAGAGAAAGAGCAGUGACAAAGAGGCCUUAGAGGACAGCGAUGACGGGGACUAUGAGGGUCUAGAGGUGGAUUACAUGUCAGAUGAAAGCAGUUCAGAUGAAGAGCCAGAAAAAGGAAAGCCCAGCAAGGCAGAGGAACACCCCAAAGGGAUCGAUGAAGCGUCUGAAAGUGAGGAGGAGAGUGAGGAGGAGAAGCAGAAUGAAGAGGAGACAAAAGAGGAGGAGGAAGAAGAGGAAGGAAAGAAAACCCCGGUCCAAGUGGAAAAGAAGAAGAAAAAAGACAGCAGCGGCGAGUCGGAGAGCUCAGACGACAGUGACAUUGAGGGAGGGACGGCCUCGGCUCUCUUCAUGAAGAAGCGCACGCCUCCUAAACGUGGAGGUCGCGGCUCUGCAGGCAGCUCCAGGACUGGCAGUCGCCCCGGGACGCCCUCCAUAGACUCUGCCACCACCUCCAACACUCUCCGUGCUGCUGCCAGCAAGCUGGAGCAAGGAAAGAGACAGACUCAGGGUCCCAGCACCGACUCACCUGCUGCCAAACGGCUGAAGAUGGAGCCCAGCACCCAGAGCCCUGCUCCCUCUGGGAAGAGCACGCCUCAACCUCCAUCAGGCAAAUCCACUCCCAGCUCAAGUGAUGUGCAGCUAACAGAGGAAGCGGUCCGGCGCUACCUGAUCCGUAAACCAAUGACCACUAAAGACCUGCUGAAGAAGUUCCAGACCAAGCGCACAGGUUUGAGCAGCGAGCAGACAGUCAACGUGCUGGCACAGAUCCUGAAGCGGCUCAAUCCAGAGCGCAAGAACGUAAACGACAAAAUGCACUUCUACCUCACUGAAUAAACGAUGGAAGAGAGGUACGGGGUGGAGAGGAUGUAUAACGGAGGGAAGGGCUGAUAUAACGCUCCUCAGAAAGGAAACCGUGAGCCGUGGAGGUUUUGUGUGCGUUUUUAAAUCCGGUUGUAUUGUGACAUGUCACAAGGUGAACCUGACAUCACAGGUGGCAUUUAUCAGGAAGUAUUUUGUUAAGUAUCUAGAAUUUCUUUUUUUAUACCCUGAAAUCUCACAUUAAAUAAUAGCAACCUUGUUAAUGUUGAAUACAGAAAAAUGGAUUUCUAUAGUUUUUCUUUGUGUGAACUUAAUGAAUGAAAAACAGUCUUAUACUUGUUCUUCUUAGGUGGAUUUUUUUUCCCAAUAAAAUGUAAAAAAUA